CAUGGGAGCAGAUGCAGCCCAGCGUCGAAAGGCAGGAUGACUUGGGCAGGUGGCACCGCACAUGAUAUAUGCGCAUGAACCAGCCAUACUCCUCCGUUUAUCACUAGUGGGCGCCCUCGUCGCCUUGCAUACGCCGGUUGCGCACCCACCUAACGUGCGCAUCCCCUCCUUCCCUAUCUUCCCCAUCGAUACUAUCGCCACCCCCCCUACCAUCAUCCACCUGCGCAACAAGCCCGAUCACCAUAAGGGCGAGAUCUUGGAUUUCUAUUGCCGAGCCAUGUCGAAGGCGCGCGUCUACGCGGAUGUCAAUGUCCUUCGCCCCAAGGAGUAUUGGGAUUACGAGUCUCUCACUGUUCAAUGGGGUGAUCAAGAUGAUUAUGAGGUUGUGCGGAAAGUAGGAAGGGGAAAGUAUAGUGAGGUGUUUGAAGGCAUCAAUGUUAAUAGCAAUGAACGCUGCAUAAUUAAGAUUCUGAAGCCAGUCAAAAAGAAGAAGAUUAAAAGAGAGAUUAAAAUACUCCAGAACCUUUGUGGUGGCCCAAACAUUGUCAAGCUUCUCGAUAUUGUCAGAGAUCAGCAUUCAAAAACCCCCAGCUUAAUAUUUGAGUAUGUCAACAGUACAGAUUUUAAAGUUUUGUAUCCAACCUUGACUGAUUAUGACAUCCGCUAUUACAUCUACGAGCUCCUUAAGGCCUUGGAUUACUGUCAUUCUCAAGGCAUAAUGCAUAGAGAUGUCAAGCCUCACAAUGUUAUGAUAGAUCAUGAACUGCGAAAACUUCGCUUGAUAGAUUGGGGUCUUGCUGAAUUUUAUCAUCCUGGAAGGGAAUACAAUGUUCGUGUGGCUUCAAGAUACUUUAAGGGGCCUGAACUUCUAGUUGAUUUGCAAGACUAUGACUACUCAUUAGACAUGUGGAGCCUUGGUUGCAUGUUUGCUGGAAUGAUAUUCCGCAAGGAACCAUUCUUUUAUGGGCAUGACAACCACGAUCAACUUGUGAAGAUAGCUAAGGUGCUUGGAACUGAUGAAUUGAAUGCAUAUCUGAAUAAGUAUCAUCUAGAGCUUGAUCCUCAGCUCGAUGCGCUUGUUGGAAGGCACAGUCGGAAACCCUGGUCUAAAUUUAUUAAUUCAGAUAAUCAGCAUCUUGUGUCUCCAGAGGCAAUCGAUUUUCUUGAUAAGCUCCUUCGAUAUGAUCACCAGGAUAGGCUUACUGCAAGGGAAGCUAUGGCACAUCCAUAUUUCUCUCAGGUAAGGGCUGCAGAAAAUAGCAGAAUGAGGACACAGUGAUAUUAUUAUAUAUGGCUUCAUAGACCUAAGUUCAAAUAUUCGGGAUUGUAAUAUAAUACCCUAACCUGCUCUUUAUCUGCCAUAAAUUAGUUAUAGAUGUUUAUUUUCUGGUGUUCCUCAACAAUAUGAUGAAUCUUGUUUCAUGUGAAGAAUAAUGUUAAUUUUAAUUUGUUGAGCAUUGAAAUUUGAAAUUUUAUGUCA